AUGGUUUGGUUUCAAUGCGAAGAUUGCGGAGAUAACCUCAAAAAACCCAAGUUGUCUAGUCACUUUCGAACUUGCUCCGCUUACAAAUUGUCGUGCAUUGACUGUGGGGAAAUAUUCGGGCGUGACACCGUUCAGAAUCACACACAGUGCAUUACAGAAGCGGAAAAGUAUGGUCCAAAAGGCCAAGGCAUAACUGCGAAUGCUGCAACUGCCACGCCUAACAAGGAUAACAAGCAAAGGCCUGAAGUUGAUAUUAAUGUGGGGUUAUCUGAGCGGCCUCCUUGGUUCUGUAGUCUUUGCAAUACAAAAACUACAAGUAAGCAAACACUUCUUCUCCAUGCUGAUGGAAAGAAACACAGGGCAAAGGCAAGAGCAUUCCAUGCUUCAAAGCAACAACCAACCCAGGCAGAUAAAUCUGCUACUGGUGAUGCUAAGGCUAUUGUGGAGACUACUCCUGCUGAUGAGGCGAGAGAUGGCAAAAAUGAUGAACUGCCAAAAUUGCAAGAGCCUUCAAAACAAAAUGACUCAAAACCCAGGAAUGAAAUUUCUUCAGCAAAGAAAAAGAGGAAACUUGAAGCAUUGGAGGCUGACCUUAUUAAAAAAAGCAGGAAUGACACUUCAGUUGACAUGGGAAAUGGUGAAGUAAUUCAGGGUGAACAAGAAACAGGAGAGAGCAAUUUGAAGAAAGAAGGGAUGAUAGAACCUCUCUGUACAAGUGCUGUCAAAAAUAAAGUAAAAUGGAAGAAAUUUAUCAAAUCAGCCUUGAAAUUGCAUCCUGAUGGAGUUUUGAAGAUGAAAAAACUUAGAAAAGUUGUCCUCAAAGCACUGCAGGAAUCAGGCAUUGCAGUGGAUGAAGCUGAAUUUAGUGAGGCACUUGAGCAGAAGCUCCAGAUUUGCAGUUGA